AUGGAGAAUGGACGCAAGAACUUCUGGUCAGCGGACCCGGAGAAAGUGGGGACUGACUCUAAGAUUGAAAAGAUACCAGCUGAAGGACUGAGCAUUAAGGAGAGGGCUGUUUACAGCUCGUUCUCGAUGUUGAAGGAUGCGCCCCUGUUUGGGCCGAGGGAGGGGAACCCUUACAACGAUGCGCUGGGGACUCUGAAAAGUGCCAAGCUGAUUCCGGCAGGCACCGUCACCUAUAACGCCUCCCACCCCCUUCGCCUGCUGUUCCGCAUAACCGGAACCGCCGCCAAGAUGGUCUUCCAGUCGGUCUCCUUCUACCUGAUCAUGUCCGUCCACAUUUUCCUGCUGACAAUGUACUACAAAGUGGGGAACAACCACACGCGCUCAGACUCGACCUCCAUCGAGUCUGGGUGGCCGUUCCUGAGGUCUGGUACUUACGCGGGGUUUCUUGGAGUGCUGACGUCAUUCUGCCUGGUCUUCCAGAUGACGCAGUGCUACAACAGGUUUUUCGAGCAGUACAAAGCCUGCAUCGGCGCCAUAAACUGCGCAUUUGCGUUCGACACCGCUCUCCGCUCACUCUUCGACGACCACAAGUUCGAAGGGUCCGGCCAAAUCCGCUUGGAGCUGCACGAAAACGCCUUAUACCGAGAGCACGAGUUGGGGCACAUUUCGGAGCGCUCACUGGACCGUCUCGACGGGCUCUUUGGAGCGCUCUCGGCAGCGAUCGCAACAGUGUAUGAGCAUGCUGACAUGCCGGUACCAUUUGCAGUCUACCAUUUGCUCAACAUCAUGGCACUGGGCUUUCUGAUGAUCUUGUCCUACACUCAGGUGUUUUCGAGCUACUUCUACAGCAUCAUCCCAAUGUUUCUGACGGUUUAUUGUACUUUGGGGAUCCGCGAGCUUGCGAAUGCGCUGGCCGAUCCGUUCGGCAGUGACGACACCGACAUUCCGGUCCUGGACUACGUUUCCGGCCUGCACCACACGUGCGACCAGUUAAUGACCAUUUGGACCGUUCCCAAACCGCAAAAGGGAGAGGUUUAG